AUGAGAAGUCGUUUCAGACAGUAUAUGCCAAAGAAGCCACAUAAAUGGGGUAUGAAGCUCUUUGUACUAUGUGAUUCCAGUGGCUUUUCAUAUCGUUUUGAGGUAUAUAACGGUGCGGGUGAUAAUAUAGUUCCAGCUGGAUAUCCUGAUCUAGGCGCAACUUCAAAUGUGGUCGCUCGUCUUUCAACAACAGUUCCAAAGUUCAUGAAUCACAUAAUUUACUUUGACAACUAUUACACAUCUAUACCUCUAGCUGUACUGUUACGAUCACAAGGAAUCCUUUGUCUUGGUACUGUAAAACGAGAUCGUAUACCGAAUUGUAAACUUCCAGCUNGAAUCCUUUGUCUUGUUACUGUAAAACGAGAUCGUAUACCGAAUUGUAAACUUCCAGCUAAUGCAGAUACAAAGAUGAGACGAGGUGAAUCAAUGGAAUUUGUGGGUUCUGCUCAUGGAGUGGAAAUCACAACAGUUCAAUGGAAGGACAACAAAAACGUUCGCUUGUUGUCAUCUUACGUCGGCAUUAAACCACUUUUAAGCAAUGACAAUUCCCCUAUUGCGGAUAAAGCUGUUCGUUAUGAUCGUAAAAACAAAAAGUACAUAGAAAUUGAUUGCCCUCAAAUUAUCAAAGGGAUGGGUUUCAAUCAUAUCCUAAGUAUUUUGUUCUAUGUAUUGAACAAAUCUUUUGAUUUCCAUAUUAUUUAA